CUGGCUCAUUCUGACCAUAUCAUCGUGGACUGUCAGUCUUCUCUCCACUUGUGAUCCAAAAGUUACUACAGAGUUCCGAAAAUGGCCAACAAGGUCUCCAAUUUCUCGGAUCUGAUCCAACGUGUCACUGCUUCUUGCUUGCUCAACCCACUUUCCUCCACCCGCAUUGACGCCCCCCUCUCCAAUGAAUCUGAAGAUGACAAUUACACUACCCAAGACGAAGAAGAAGAAGAACAGGACACACCUUAUGUAGAAAAAUUCCAAAAUCUUGAGUUAAAAAAGGAUGAGCCAAGAACUGAGAAAGUAAUUGAAAUGGAAAUGCUCUUAGGUGAAGUGUUCGACUCUGUGUCGGCAAUGAAGAAGGCUUACGUUAGUCUACAGGAGGCUCAUUGUCCUUGGGAUCAAGACAGAAUGCGCGUAGCAGACGUGGCUGUGAUAUCUGAACUGAAAAGGCUUGGUGUGUUGAGGGAAAGAUACCGGCGAAAUGCAAGCACUGGAAGAGGAGAAUGGAGAGUCGGCGCAGCGACUCUGAGAGAAGUGGUGGCUCCGUAUGAAUCAGCAGUCGACGAAUUGAGGCAACAAGUGAAAGCAAAAGAAAAUGAGAUCAAUCAUUUGAAAGAAAAGUUAAAAACCGCCACGUCGCUUAAUAGUAAUGGGAAAAAAAGCAAGUCGAAACGAAAAGCUACUUGCACCAGUCAACCUACUCCAGUUAAUAUGUCGCCAGCACCUGACUUGUUUGAAACUACAGUGGGAUUAGUAAAAGAAGCUUCGAAAUCCUUUACGAGUAUGCUCCUCUCUUUAAUGCGGUCUGCCCACUGGGACAUUGCGGCUGCAGUUAGAUCCAUUGAAGCUGCUUCAUCCAACACCACUACACCUACAGCAGAUUCAAUUGUGGGACCCAACCACGCGAAAUACGCACUGGAAUCUUAUGUGAACCGCAAAAUGUUCCAAGGAUUCGAUCACGAGACGUUCUACAUGGAUGGAACCUUGUCAUCACUGCUCAACCCAGAGCAGCAUCGUCGUGAGUGUUUUACACAGUACAGGGACAUGAAAGCAAUGGAUCCAAUGGAACUUCUUGGAAUUCUUCCAACUUGUAGUUUUGGGAACUUCUGUUUCAAGAAGUAUUUAGCCAUUGUGCACCCCAAAAUGGAGGAGUCGCUGUUUGGUGAUUUGGAGCAGAGACGUCAGGUACUAGCUGGGAACCAUCCAAGGAGUCAGUUUUAUGGGGAGUUUCUUGGACUAGCAAAGGCUGUUUGGCUGCUGCAUUUGCUGGCCUUUUCUUUGGAUCCUCCGCCAAGUCAUUUUGAGGCGAGCAAUGGAUCGGAGUUUCACCCAAAGUAUAUGGAAAGUGUGGUGAAGUAUUCCAUUUCCAUGGGGAUAGGAGGGAGAAUGGGUCUAGUUGUCGGGUUUCCUGUUAGUCCCGGGUUUAAGCUUGGAAAUGGAUCUGUUGUUAAGGCUAGAGUUUAUUUAGUUCCCAAAAAUGGGUUUUAAGUUUUUGAGAUGGACAUAAGUUAGUCCAUGCACUACUUGCCUUGUCUAUGUUUUAGUAGUACUAGUUGGUGUCAAAAUAAAAGAGAUACAUUUGGCUUGGGGAUCGUUUCUGUGCAAAAACAAUGAUGGAAAUGAUUCGGUGAGCUUCAAUAGGUUAGUAUAGUUCUUGCUCCGGUAGACUUAAAAAUGUAAUCUUUGCUCGCCUUUGAGAAAUGAAUGUAUCACUUAAAAGGGGUGUCUUCGAACCUUAAAUUCCUUUGUUA